CUCACACCAAACAUCUCAUCUCCGAGGCUCCAAUCCAACGAGGGCAGUCGAGUCGCAUAGGCUUGGAGAAGAAGAAGAAUAGUACCGCCUCGGUUUCUCCAACAAGUCCGGCACCCAGUUGAUAGGAGAGCGCGACAGGGGUUUCCGGAAGCAUUUUCGAAGAUGCGGAUGAGCUGCAACGGUUGCCGGGUGCUGCGCAAGGGGUGCAGCGAAGGGUGCACCAUCCGGCCGUGCCUGCAGUGGAUCAAGACCCCCGAGGCGCAGGCCAACGCCACCGUGUUCCUCGCCAAGUUCUACGGCCGCGCCGGGCUGCUCAACCUGCUCGCCGCCGGGCCCGACCACCUCCGCCCCGCCGUCUUCCGCUCCCUCCUCUACGAGGCCUGCGGCCGCAUCGUCAACCCGAUCUACGGCUCCGUCGGGCUGCUCUGGUCGGGUCAGUGGCAGGCGUGCCAGGCCGCCGUCGAGGCCGUCCUCAAGGGCGACCCCGUCGUGCAGGUCUCCUCCGAGGCCGCCGCCGCCGCGCAGGCCACGCCGCCUCUCAGGGCCUACGACAUCCGCCACGUCGCCAAGGACGCCGAGGCCGACGCCGCGGCCAACCUGCUCCGCGUCGCGCGCGGCGGCGGCCGCACCCGCUUCAAGCGCGCCUCGUCCAGCUCCAACUCCAAGCACGGCGCCAAGCUUGCCGGAGCAGCCGCCGCCGCCAAGCGCCGCGCCGCGUCCCCCAGCAGCAGCAGCCCGACGCACGAGCCGGAGCCCGAGGCGGUGGUCGUCGUCGGCGACCAUGACGACGACCACCUCCUCCUCCACCCUGCGCUGAGCCACGAGGCCCACGAGGAGGAGUCCGCCGGCAGCCACGACCAUGACGACGGCGACGACGACCAUGUGGUAGAGGACGCCGACAACAACAACAUGGCAAUCGACGACGUGCCGCCGCGGGCGGGAUCGGAGGACACCGAGGUCGAGGCGGGCUCACACGUGAGCCAAGCCGAGCAGAGCCCCGUGCCGGUGGAGGAGGACGAAGAGGAGGAGGUCGGGCUGGAGCUCACGCUCGGGUUCCAGCCGCUUGUGCGCGCCUCGAGGAGGAGGUCGUCAUCGGCGGAGGCGCGCUGCGACCUGAGCGGCUUGAGCGCGGAGUCGAGCCGCAUGGGCCUUCGGCUCGAGCUGCCGGCGUGAGAAGCGGCGUCGCGAGCCGCGACCACCUUUUCUUAGGCUAAUAGGAGAAGACAGUUUUGUUUUCGUGCCAGCAGGGAAACAGGAACAGAGCAAAGCAUCAUUAUUAGUUUUAUUUUUUUUUCUUUUACAACUUUUCCUUUUUUUUGUUUGAUCUGCAUCGUUGUAGGAUUCCCAUGUUCUCAUGUACUUGUGUGAUGUCUGCCUGUACAGACUUUCUCAGGUUCGGCUGUGACAAAACUUGUUCAAAAUCGAUAGAACAAUCCAGAUAUCUGGAAUGGACAAAAAUUGAAAUCCAAUUAUUCUCCAA